AUGACAAAUACUGCUGGAAAGAUGACCGAUUUGCCCUUAAUCCCCACGUUGUACCCCACAGAGGAACAAUUUCAAGACCCUUUAAGUUAUCUGUCUCAACAGGAUGUGCUCUUGGCGGGGACACAGUUUGGGAUGAUUAAAUUAGUCCCCCCUAAAUCUUUUAAUCCACCUCUGGCUAUUGAUAAGGAUAACUUUAACUUUAAUGUAAGGUUACAAAGAUUAAACCAAUUGAAUUUAUUAAAUAGAUGCAGACAAUCAUUCAUUGUUCAAUUGACAAAUUUUAACAUUAUGAUGUUUGAUGACAAUCACGAUGGUUCAAAAGGAAUUAGAGAACCUAUGAUUAAUGUCUUGUCCAUUGGUAGAAAAUCGUCAACUAUUCCCAUUUUCCUUUAUGAUCUUUUCAUUAAGAUAUUGGAACAACUAGUUUCUUAUGACUCAACACGUCUUAUCACUGAUUCACAAGACUUAUUGAAAUUGAAAAUAUUAUGGAAAGAUUUAACAGAUUCAUACAAAUACCAGGGCCAUGUGGCAACUGAGGAUUUAAAGGGAAUAUUUGAAAAUUAUUUAUCCCAUUAUUUUGAAGAAUAUACUAAAUUACUAAAUAUGGUUCCUCAUUCACCCAAGUCUGUAUUCUCAAAUGAUUUAUUGUAUAAAGAACAGUAUCCACAUUCUUUAUUAAAUGAUGACACAACGGACGAUGAAGACGAUGAUGACGACUAUGAGGAAUGUCCAUAUUGCCAGGCUAUCAUACUGCAAGGUGCUAUUGAUUUUCUCACAUCGAUAUUCAAAUGUGAAUGUUGUAAACGUUUCUUCCAUCAAUCAUGUGUUCAAAAGGCCAAAUACACCAUGUUUAAAAAGAAAACGUCUACAAAUAGAUGGAUUUGUAAUAAUUGUAUCCUUGGUAAUGGAUUUUAUGGAUUCCAAAUGGGAUCCAAACAAUAUAUCUUACAAAACUUUAUUAAUGAAUGUGAAGAGGACACCUCCAAAAGCAUAGAUCAAUUAGAAAAGGAAUUUUGGGAGAAAGUGAAUGAUAAUUCCAUUUCGAAUAAUCCGUCAUCCUUAAUAAUGUAUGGAGCUGAUAUUCAUAAUUCAGAACAAAUAUCUGGAUUCCCACUUUCAAAUCAUGCCCUUGAAAAGGGUAGUAGCAAGUACGUCAGCCACCCAAUGAAUUUGGUUAAUUUACCUAAUGCCCUUGGAUCACUCUUACCCCUUCUCUCCAAUAAAACCAUCUCAGGAAUGACAAUACCUUGGAUAUAUGUAGGAUCUACAUUUUCCACUUUUUGUUGGCACAUGGAAGAUCAAUAUACAUUAAGUGCUAAUUAUCAACAUGAAGGUGCCUCCAAGAUAUGGUAUAGUAUCCCAGCAAGUUCAUGUGAACCAUUUCAAAAGCUAUUACACUCGAUGACACCAGAUUUAUUUAUAAAACAACAAGAUUUAAUUCAUCAAUUAGUAUCUUUAGUGUCUCCUUAUGAUUUGCCCAAAUCUAUUAAUUGUUACAAGGCAAUACAAAAUCCAAAUGAGUACAUUAUUACCUUCCCAAAAUGUUUCCAUUCAGGGUUUAAUACGGGUUAUAAUCUAAAUGAAGCAGUAAAUUUUACCACUCCAUUUUGGUUACCAUUUGGUGUCGAAGCGGUAGAUGAUUAUAAAUUGACCCAAAGAAAAUGUGCUUUCGAUGUAAAUGAAUUGUUGUUGAAUCUUAUUAAAUAUAUGAAUAAAAAGGGGGGGAAUAAACAAGAUAUCUCCCACGUCUUAAUAACGAGCUGCAUAACUUACUUGAGAUCAUUAGUUUUCAGAGAAAAAUCUUUAUUAAAAGAAUUGAGAGUUUCUCUUCCUGAAAAUUGGUUCACACCUUUAAUCAAAAUGGAAAAUGAACUGGUAGAUGGUUACGAGGAUGAAAAUGAAGACGAAGAAUAUAUAUACUGUUCACAUUGUAAAGCAAUAUGUUCUUUUGCAUUUGUCUUACGUUUUGAAAAAGAUAAAACCCCCAAUCGUAAAAGGAGAAGAUUAGGGAAAAUGGCAAUUAAGCAAUGGAACGAACUCUCAGAUAAUGAAUUGGAUUCGCGUCGAAUAUUGUGUCUGGAGGACUAUAAAUUACAAUGGGGGAAGACGGAAGGUGAAGAAGAAGAUGGAAACAGACAAAUUGAUGAAAUAUAUGUAAUAAGAGAUCUUGAUAGAAUCCUUAAAGACUUAGAUUCAGCUAUGAAGUGA